GGAUGAGACCGAUAAAGCAAGCCGGAAUGGCGACGAUUUUCUUGACGAUGAGGACGAUGAUGCGGGUCUUUUUGGGUCUGGUGAUGAAGACGAGGAAGCAGAGUAAUUGAUAUAGUUCCCUGUCGAUAUAGUUGAUAUUUGCUGACGAGCAUGUAGGACGAAACCUCGACAACUCGACGAUGAGGAACUAGAUUCAGGUGAUGAUGAAGGAAGAUAUGAUCGAUUUCGAGAAGGUGAUGAGGGAGGUCUUCCGCAGGAGCAAGAACAAAACGUCAUGGAUGUCCAGCUGGGUCGCCAUGCUGAACCACAGCCGAGCGAUAACGAGUUAUAUCUUCUUAAGAUGCCAUCAUUUCUGGCGGUUGAGCCUCGAGCAUUUCACCAUAAGACUUUCCAACCUCCUGCGACGAACCAUCACUCAACUGGACCGCCGUCCUCGUCAUUCUCUCCUUUUGGUACUGCUCUGAGUACUUUGCGCUGGCGCCAAUCUCCCAAGGACCCGUCGCAACUGCAAUCCAACGCCCGAAUCCUCCGCUGGUCGGAUGGAUCUUUGACCCUUCAACUUGCGUCUAAUCCGCUGGAACAAUAUGAACUUCCGGCUAAAGGCCUUGCUCCGCCCCAACACAAUCCAAUCAAACCAACGCCUACUAGCAUCGGGAAUAACCGGACAUCCAAAGAUGCGGAGCGAUACAAUCCUCAGCAGGACUCGUAUACAUAUCUCGUCUCUCCUCACGAAUUUUCCGCCGUUCUCCGCGCGACGCACCAUAUUACGACAUCUCUUACCAUUCUCCCGUCAUCUACUGUAAAUGACGAAGCUCUGGAACGUCUACAAGAAUCCCUUUCGAAAGCAGUUCGCGGGAAUAAGCCGGGAGCUGAAGGCGGUAUCAAUGUGAUUGAGAUCACGGAAGAUCCUGAGCUCGCCAAGAAGAAGGCCGAGGUCGCCGAAAGAGAAAAGAUUCGUGCACAGCGCCGGCGCGACCAGCAAGAAGCGCGUGAAAGAGACCGCGUUAAUCGUACACUGGGUCGGAGUGGGCUCAGGACGGGCGGCAUGGGUGGCCUUACAGUUGGAGGACUCGAGGACGAUGAGGGCUUCACGACAACCAAAGGUGCCAGAGCGCGGCCUCGGCCCUCAAGAGCUGGCCAUAGCGAUGAGGAAGACGGUGGGUAUCUCCGAGGCAGAACUAGAGAGGAUGAAUACGACGAAGAUGAUGGCUUCUUGGUCGGUAGCGACGAAGAGGAAGAGGUACCAGAAGAGAGUGAAGAAGACAUUGACGACGGCAUUGUUGAGCGACGAGAGAGCCCAAAGCGGGGAAGAGAGCCCGAACCGGAAGACGAGGAUGAGGGAGGUGAGGAGGGCGGAGUUGUGUCCAGAGGCAAAAGAAGACGUGUCAUUGAAGAUGAUGAGGAAGAGUGAUGCGUGUAUUUUCACAUGGCUGACCUUUUCUACCAAUAUUUCUACUCUUUUUUUUCCUUUGAUCUUUUCACUCUGCGAACGUGGGUUGGUCUGGGCUCAUCAUGGGAUUAGGGUGGUGCGGAUCUGU